GAAACUUGUCACAUCACAAGCACGGCAUACGGACAGACGCAUUUAGCGACAUGAUAUAGUCACAGAUUCCUAAAUGUUGGCUGUGGUAUGAAGAGGUAGUUGUGUUAUAUAGUUUAUGUUUGGUUUUUAGUCUGCUAAAGUAUUUAUAUUUGAUGUAAUUGUAUAUACCUCAAUACAAUUUAGUGACACCACUUGUGACAUCAUGAUGAUGGGAGUUAACUGUCGCUGAUAGUCUGACCGAGUUGCAACAAUGUUGCCCUCACCUAACAUUUUGACCAGAUCCGCUACCCAAUUGGUGUCAUACUCAAAGUUUUGGAGUCAAGGUAACCUCUCUGCAGGUCAUCUGUGGUGCCCAUGCCGGAAUGUCUCCGUUAAACCAGAAGGAUGGAAACCGCAGAAGGUUCCACCAAGAUACCUCGGCCAGCUAAGCCCCUUCACUCAUCCACACCUCAUAAAAAAUGGUGAGGUGACCCCUGGCUUAACCCAAACAGAGUUUGAUCUCCGUCGGCAAAGACUGGCCUCUCUCAUUGAGGUUCAGGCAGAUCGGCUGGGACCCACUGCUUCGUCCAACAAACAUCUCGUCAUAGUCCUCUCCCACCCAAUCCGCUACAUGACCAAUGACAUCCCCUACCCCUUCCACCAGAACCAGGACUUCCUCUACCUCACAGGCAUCCUUGAGCCAGACAGCGCCCUGGUUCUGUGUGGUACCGGCCGCCCGGACCAAGCCAUCCUCUUUGUACCCCGCAGGGACCCGGCCAGGGAGCUGUGGGACGGGCCCAGGUCAGGGAAGGACGGGGCGGCAGCGUUGACGGGGGUGGAGAGGGUCCACUGCACAGAAGAGUUGGGACUUGUACUCAAAAGCCUUAAAGGUAGCACUGUGUGGUAUGAUGGCUCCAAGCCCUGCCACCCUGGGCUCCACCAGACCCAUGUUCGGCCCCUGUUGGAAGGGGGGCCCAUGGUGCGCUCUCUCAGACCCCUUACACACUCCCUCAGGGCCCUCAAGAGCCCAGCCGAGGUGGCUCUCAUGAAGGAGGCUGGUCGCAUCACAGCACAGGCAUUCAAGAAGACUAUGGGUAUGUCUCAAGGGGACAUUGAUGAAGCUCUACUGUAUGCUAAGUUUGAUUUUGAGUGCCGUGCCCAUGGAGCCAAUUUCUUGGCCUAUCCUCCUGUGGUUGCCGGUGGAAACCGAGCCAAUACACUUCAUUACAUAAACAACAACCAGAUUGUCAAGAAUGGGGAGAUGGUGCUACUUGAUGGAGGGUGUGAAUACUUCUGUUAUGUCAGUGAUAUUACUCGCACCUGGCCGGUGAACGGAAAGUUCAGCCCUGCCCAGGCAGAGUUGUAUGAGGGGGUGUUGGAGGUGCAGAAGGCCUGUCUGUCUCUGUGCUCCCCAGGAGUCAGUCUGGACCACAUAUACAGCACCAUGUUGGCUCUGCUGGGACGCCAACUCAAACAGCUGGGUAUCGUGAAGGGCUCCACCAGUGAUGCUGAUGCACUUAAGGCGGCACGGCGCUACUGCCCCCACCAUGUUGGUCACUACCUGGGCAUGGAUGUACACGAUACCCCUGAGCUUUCCCGCUCUCAGCCCCUCCAGCCUGGAAUGGCAAUCACAAUAGAGCCAGGGCUGUACAUAUGUGAGGACGAUGACCAGGUUCCAGAUCGAUUCCGUGGACUUGGGGUGAGAAUUGAGGACGACGUUGUGAUUCAAGACGAGAUAAACCCCUUGAUCCUGUCCUCUGACACACCCAAAACCAUUGCUGAUGUUGAAAGAGCCUGUGCACAGAGUUGGGGCUGAGAGAGACUAGACAUGGGGAGGGUAUAUACCUUGCUCCCAACUGGAGUGUGACUGUAUACACUCCUCAAAAUGCUAAGUGUGAGCAAGAGUGAGUGUUCAUCCCUCUUGAGUGACUGGUCACAUUUCAGUGGGUUCGUCUUCAGUAUAUUGGCGAUUGCACAAUUUAAUGUGCAUCCCGCCACCUACUGUGGGAUGGAAACGGGGUUUCCCCAAAAAAUGGAACUACCAACAAAAACUAACAAACUACCAAAAAUAAAUAUCAAACAACUUCACUGUUAAAAAAAUAAACUAAUCUGAUCCCUACACAGGCUCAGGGGGAGCCUGGGAGGGCGGGCUGUCUUCCGGCGCCAAUACCCCUUCCAAGUGCUUCAGAUGUAUACUAAACAAAAAUAUAAACGCAACAUCUAAAGUGUUGGUCCCAUGUUUCAUGAGCUAAAAAAGAUUACUGAAAUGUUCCAUAGACACAAAAAGCUUAUUGCUCUCAAAUUUUGUGUGCAAAUGUGUUUUAAGUCUCUGUUAGUGAGAAUUUCUCCUUUGCAAAGAUAAUCAAUCCACCUGACAGGUGUGGCAUAUCAAGAAGCUGAUUAAACAGCAUGAUCAUUAAACUGGUGCACUUUGUGCUGGGAACAAUAAAAGACCACUCUAAAAUGCGCAGUUUUGUCACACAACACAAUGCCACAGAUGUCUCAAGUUGAGGGAGUGUGCAAUUGGCAUGCUGACACAGCAGGAAUGUCCAAACAGAGCUGUUGCCAGAGAAUUUACUGUUAAUUUCUCUACCAUAAGCCGCCUCCGACGUUGUUUUAGAGAAUUUGUCAGUACAUCCAACCGGCCUCAACCACAGACCACGUUUAACAAUGCCAGACCAGGACCUCCACAUCUGGCUUCUUGCCGGGGGAUUGUCUGAGAAGGGGGAGGUUGUAUUUCUGUCUGUAAUAAAACCCUUUUGUGGGGGAAAACUCAUUCUGAUUGGCUGGGCCUGGCUCUCCAGUGGGUGGGCCUGGCUCCCAAUCGGCUGUGCCCCUGCCGCGUCAUGUGAAAUCCAUAGAUUAGGGCCUAAUGAAUUUAUUUCAAUUGACUGAUUUCCUUCUAUGUACUGUAACUCAGUGAAAUCUUUGCAAUUGUUGUAUGUUGCGUUUAUAUUUUUUGUUCAGUAUAAAAUCCUUAAGUCCCAAAAACGUUUCUGCUGCAAGCCACAAUAAUGUCCAGUUUCUUAGACUUCUUUGAGAGUUGAGCCACAGUUUAUAACUGGCAAUAAGCACCACAAAAUCCACAUUUUUAACACAGGGUAUCUUUUGACUGGCAGCAAACAUUUACUACAGGCUGUGGUACAUCCACUACCAUGUAUUCACUAGCAUCACUUGUUUUCCCAAUUAUUUAUAUGGGUUUCUGGAGGACUGCUUGAUUAUUCCUCAUGGAUCUGAAUGUGGUAAUGUUUUCAUUGUCUUUUCUAUUAUAAAAAUAGAAAAUGUCUGUUCUCACAAACUAAUACAAUUCACAGGUUCCUUGCUGGAUAGGAGAGCAUUGGAUAAUGGCUCUAUUGUGCAAGAAUUGUCUCAUUUAUUAGGAAUAUUGGGCUUUGAGAUGAGUUUAUUGAUGAAAACAAAAUGUAUAUUUGUGUGUGUGUUUUUAUACGUAGUCAUGUCUAAUUGAAAAUGCUGUUAUAACAGAA